AUGAAUAAAAAACUUCUUUCUCUUAUUUUAAUAAUUUUUCUUGUCGCUAUUUUAGACUAUCCAUUACGUUCUCCAUCCAGCACCAACAUUCAUCCGAAUGCUCGAUGGCAACAAAAUGUGUCGGCGCGCAAUUGUCGCGCGCGUAAAUGUCGUGUCACGGGAAAUCGACAAGGCAAUGGAAUCAAUCAACUCUCAAACCCAUGGGGUUUGUAUGUUGAUGAUGAUCAAACAAUCUAUGUUGCUGAUACAUCGAAUCAUCGUAUUGUGGAAUGGAAACGAGGUGCAACAAGUGGCCAAGUGGUUGCCGGUGGAAAUGGACAAGGAAGUGGAGAUCAUCAAUUGUAUAACCCAUAUGAUGUGAUUAUCGACAAAGAAAGAGAUAGUCUCAUCAUAUGCGAUACUUCGAAUGGAAGAGUGGUUCGAUGGCCUCGUCGAAAUGGGACAAGUGGAGAAACAAUCAUCUCCAACAUCUAUUGUAGGGGUUUGACAAUGGACGAGAAUGGAUCUCUCUAUGUCACUGAUGAUGGAAAAGCUGAAGUGAGACGAUAUCGAAGAGGAGAAUCUCAAGGAACAGUGGUUGCAGGUGGCAAUGGACGUGGAAAUCGUCUCGAUCAACUCUCUUACCCACGAUACGUAUUCGUCGAUCGAGAUCAUUCAGUGUACGUAUCUGAUGGGAACAAUCAUCGUGUGAUGAAAUGGAUGGAAGGUGCAAAACAAGGCAUUGUCGUGGCUGGUGGUCAAGGAAAAGGAAAUGAUCUUACACAAUUGUCUGGUCCUCAAGGAGUCGUUGUCGAUCAAUUGGGCACUGUCUAUGUGGCUGAUUAG